UUUCCUGCAUGUACCUCACAUCCACGCUAUCAAUCUCAGCCCAUGUAGCUAUCUCUUUUUAUUUAAUUUCAUUAAUUUUAAUUAAUAAUUUACUUUUACGAUGUUGUUGGGGUCUCUUUCUUCUGGAACUAACCCCAAUCUGCACUGAACCGUGAACUUAGCACCACCACCACCGCCACCACCGCCACCUUCUUCUCAUUCUUCUUCUUCCAUUCGAUGGCGUUCGCUCACUGCCUGCUCGCAGUUCCCGUUGAACCCUGCGAAUAUCCAAAACUUCCCAUAUCCAACCAACCGUUGUCGAUUUCCUCACACUGUUUAAACCUCUCUUCAACUCUCCGCCCCAAAACUCACAACCUCUCACUAUUCGCCAGGCUCCGCAGAAUCGCUCACAAAGCCAACGCUAAGCCGCAGGAACCCGAAGUCAGCGUGGCCAGUGAGGCCUUCACGGAAUUCAAGCAUCUGCUUUUGCCCAUUACGGAUAGGAAUCCCUACCUCUCUGAGGGUACAAGACAAGCUAUUGCAACCACCUCUGCUUUAGCUAAAAAGUACGGAGCUGACAUUACAGUUGUAGUUAUUGAUGAACAGCAGAAAGAGUCACUGCCUGAGCAUGAGGCUCAACUAUCCAGCAUCCGUUGGCAUCUAUCUGAAGCAGGUGGGUUGAAGGACUAUAAUUUGCUAGAGAGGCUUGGUGAAGGGAGCAAGCCAACGGCUAUCAUUGGUGAUGUUGCUGAUGACCUUAACUUGGAUUUGGUAGUUAUUAGCAUGGAAGCAAUUCAUACAAAGCACAUAGAUGCAAAUUUGCUAGCCGAGUUCAUUCCUUGUCCUGUCAUGCUUUUGCCAUUGUAAUUUGCAUUGUUUUAAGAUAGGGAGCGGUUUUUGUUUCAUCCCAUCUGUCUUCUCUCAUGCAAUUUGAUAUUCCAUCGUGUUGUUUAGCAUUUGCUACUCCUGUGUCAGGGAUGUACAUAUGUGUGCUGAAGCAAAUCUAAGUUUUAUGUCUGCAAAGGAACCGUGUUAGAGUUUUCUUCUGGGGACCAAAUUUUCAAGAAAUGAUAAUUAGGAGAGGAAUUUGGAUCCUCUAUCUGAGCUAUUAGAAUGUUGUUCUGCUA